ACCAUCAUCAUCAUUUCACAUCACGUUCGUGGCUAUUGACGGCUCGGCGUUUCGCCUCUUUCUUUCUCCUCCUUUAAAUCCAAUCACCAUUGCCUAGUCCGCUUGAGUUUUACUCGCGAAACGGCUUGGUCCUUUUUCUCCUCUUCUCUAUUCUUGAAUUCUGAUCCUAUUACGCUCGAGUUUUACUCGCGGAAAAAGAUCACCUUUCAACAAAUCGCCGAUUACCGUCAAAUAUUUAAUCUUUAAUCCACUUUCGUAUAGUCUGUCAAAUCGCAACUUUGACCGUCUUUCUACAAAACAAGUAUAUCCAUACCGCGCGCCAUAGAGUCGCUGCAUCGUAUCGGAUCCCAGCAGUAGAAUCCCUCAACAUACUUUCUGUAAAUCUCGACAAAUUCAAUUUCAAUCGAAAAAGAUCAAUUUUACAAAAUGUCUCUUCCGCAAACCGCUACGUCCACCGUGAACUACAGUUCUAUCCCGCAGGGCAAUAAAACUGCAUCUUCCAAACCUUCGAUCACUCGAAAGACAUCUGGAGGCGGCAACAAGAAAGGUACUUCAGCCGAACGUCGUGCAACCCAUAAUGCCGUUGAACGUGCUCGCCGUGAAUCCCUCAAUGUUCGAUUCUUGGAAUUAGCCGCCAACCUACCAACAACGUGCACUGUUCGUCGUCCAUCAAAGAAUUUGAUCGUGAAUAAGUCUUUGGAGUUCGUUCGUAAUGCAUUGCACAAUGAUGCAGUCCUUCGCUUGAAGUUGGAAGAAUCUCUUCGUCAAAAUCAAUCCAUGUUACAAGAGCUGAACCAAAUGCGCGCCGAGCGUGGUCUCUCACCCCGUGAUAGUCAAACAACAAGUAUUGAUGCAAAUCAACAAGCAGGCUUCUCAAUUGAUGCUCUCACCACCGCUUUUGGUAUGCCCAACAUGCCACAACCAUUGGCAAGUGUUGAGUUCACCAAACAAGUCACCGAACAAGGCAUUCAAUUCGAUGCCAACAAUGCUCAAUGGUUUGGUGGCGACGGUGAUGAAGACUUUGUGUCAAACACUGCAAGUGGCGAUGGCUUCUCAGCUGCUGCUUCUGAUCAUAGCUCACCAUCAUUGGUCGGCGAAGAUGCAAAUGCAGCUGCUGUAGCAGCCGCCGCCGCCGCUGCUGCUGCGUUCCCGAGCAAUCCCAUGUUCGCAAACUUUAACGAUAUCAUGGCCGCAUCGCAAUCAUCCCCGUAUAGCAGCUUGCAGCCAGCACCGCAUCGUCGUCCAGAUACAAGUGACUCUCUUGAUAGCAAUGGUAUGUCAAACACAUAUGCGCAAUACGCAGUCGGAAGUGGCGCCGCCACCACCACUACUUCCAACUAUCCUCCGAUGGAGUUUAUGCCACCGAUCAACCCAUCCACUGCAGCCGCAUUUACCAACUUGAUGAACAACUUCAACAAUCAAAAUAACGGACCGCACACCCCUCAAUCAACUCAAUAUAGCACAUAUGCAUCGCCAAUGUCAAACGGUAGCAUGAACGCAAACGGAACUGGUAGCUCGCAUAGUUAUUCGCAUCACAACAACAAUAGUUAUUUUGCCAUGACAGCAUAAAUUCUUCACACAUUCUUUCUUAUUUUUCUUGGAUUGCUCAUUCACUUCUCGUCCUCCUGUAUUCUCAUAGCUACCUCUUUCUUUCCUUUUUUUUUUCAAGGAGAGACUUCCGUUUGUAGAAGUUGAUCUUCCUUUUUUUGUCUUUACUAAUCUUUGUUCUCGUUCUCGUU